AUGAUUGCUUUUAAGGUGGACAGUGGAGAUGUCCUUGAAGGUUAUAACGGGACCAUUUUUGCAUAUGGACAGACAUCGUCAGGAAAAACUCACACCAUGGAGGGGAAGCUACAUGACCCUCAGCUCAUGGGGAUCAUCCCGAGGAUUGCACAUGAUAUCUUUGACCAUAUUUAUUCCAUGGAUGAGAAUCUGGAGUUUCACAUCAAGGUUUCCUAUUUUGAGAUCUACUUGGACAAAAUAAGGGACUUACUCGAUGUCUCAAAGACCAACUUGGCUGUUCAUGAAGAUAAAAACAGAGUUCCUUACGUAAAGGGGUGCACUGAGAGGUUUGUCUCGAGCCCUGAGGAGGUCAUGGAUGUGAUAGAUGAAGGCAAAGCAAACCGACAUGUGGCUGUCACAAACAUGAAUGAACACAGCUCUAGAAGUCACAGUAUCUUCCUGAUUAAUAUUAAACAAGAGAAUGUAGAAACUGAAAAAAAACUCAGUGGAAAGCUUUAUUUGGUUGAUUUGGCUGGGAGUGAAAAGGUCAGCAAAACUGGUGCCGAGGGAGCUGUUCUUGACGAAGCUAAAAAUAUCAAUAAGUCUUUGUCUGCUCUUGGAAAUGUGAUCUCUGCUUUGGCAGAAGGGACAAAAACACACGUGCCAUACCGGGAUAGCAAGAUGACUCGGAUUCUCCAGGACUCCCUGGGUGGGAACUGUAGAACCACCAUUGUCAUUUGCUGUUCUCCUUCUGUCUUCAAUGAGGCCGAGACCAAGUCCACGCUGAUGUUUGGACAGAGAGCUAAGACCAUCAAGAAUACAGUCUCUGUGAACUUGGAACUGACAGCAGAAGAAUGGAAGAAGAAAUAUGAAAAAGAGAAAGAGAAGAACAAGACCUUGAAAAAUGUCAUCCAGCAUCUGGAGUUGGAGCUCAACAGGUGGAGGAAUGGAGAAGCUGUGCCCGAGGAUGAACAGAUCAGUGCUAAGGACCAGAAGAACCUGGAGCCCUGCGAUAACACCCCCAUCAUAGACAACAUCGCUCCUGUCGUUGCUGGCGUCUCCACAGAAGAGAAGGAGAAGUACGAUGAGGAGAUCUCUAGUCUGUACCGACAGCUGGAUGACAAGGAUGAUGAAAUUAACCAGCAGAGCCAGCUGGCUGAAAAGCUGAAGCAACAGAUGUUGGAUCAGGAUGAGCUUUUAGCUUCCACAAGAAGAGACUAUGAGAAGAUACAGGAGGAGCUGACACGUCUCCAGAUUGAAAACGAGGCAGCCAAAGAUGAGGUGAAAGAAGUUCUCCAGGCCCUGGAGGAGCUGGCUGUCAAUUAUGAUCAGAAAUCGCAGGAAGUGGAGGACAAGACCAGGGCCAAUGAGCAGCUGACAGAUGAGCUGGCCCAGAAAACGACCACAUUGACAACCACACAGAGAGAACUGAACCAGCUCCAAGAGCUUAGCAACCACCAGAAGAAGAGGGCAACCGAGAUCCUGAACUUGCUGUUGAAAGAUCUGGGGGAGAUAGGUGGAAUUAUUGGCACCAAUGAUGUGAAGACCUUGGCAGAUGUGAAUGGAGUCAUUGAAGAGGAGUUCACCAUGGCCCGCUUGUACAUCAGCAAGAUGAAGUCGGAGGUCAAGUCUUUGGUGAACCGCAGCAAACAGCUUGAGAGCGCUCAGAUGGAUUCCAACAGGAAGAUGAAUGCCAGCGAGCGGGAGCUGGCGGCGUGCCAGCUGCUCAUCUCGCAGCAUGAAGCCAAGAUCAAAUCUCUGACAGACUACAUGCAAAAUAUGGAGCAGAAGAGGAGGCAGCUGGAAGAGUCCCAGGACUCACUCAGUGAAGAGCUGGCCAAGCUCCGAGCCCAGGAAAAAAUGCAUGAAGUCAGUUUCCAGGAUAAGGAAAAGGAACAUCUGACGCGGCUGCAGGAUGCUGAGGAAAUGAAGAAGGCAUUGGAGCAGCAGAUGGAGACCCACCGGGAAGCUCACCAGAAGCAGCUGUCCAGACUUCGAGAUGAAAUUGAGGAGAAGCAGAAAAUCAUUGAUGAGAUUCGGGAUUUGAAUCAGAAACUGCAACUGGAACAGGAGAAGCUGAGUUCUGAUUAUAACAAGCUGAAAAUAGAGGACCAAGAGAGAGAAAUGAAACUGGAAAAGCUCCUAUUGCUCAAUGAUAAAAGGGAACAAGCCAGAGAGGAUCUCAAGGGGCUAGAGGAGACAGUGUCUAGAGAGCUGCAGACUCUCCACAACCUCCGCAAACUCUUUGUCCAGGAUCUGACAACCCGAGUGAAAAAGAGUGUAGAGCUGGACAGUGACGAUGGAGGGGGCAGUGCUGCCCAGAAGCAGAAGAUUUCUUUCCUGGAGAAUAACCUGGAGCAGCUCACUAAGGUGCACAAGCAGCUGGUCCGGGACAACGCAGACCUGCGUUGUGAGCUGCCCAAGCUGGAGAAGCGGCUGCGCGCCACCGCCGAGCGGGUCAAGGCCCUGGAGAGCGCGCUGAAGGAGGCUAAGGAGAACGCCAUGCGCGACCGCAAGCGCUACCAGCAGGAGGUGGACCGCAUCAAGGAGGCUGUGCGAGCCAAGAACAUGGCCAGGAGGGCACACUCUGCCCAGAUCGCCAAGCCCAUCCGCCCUGGACACUACCCAGCAUCAUCUCCAACAGCAGUCCAUGCCAUCCGAGGGGGAGGUGGUGGAUCUUCAAACUCCCCUCACUACCAGAAAUAAAUACACAAUUCGACUCUGCCGUAGCAUGUCGAGGACUACAUUAAUCACAAUUCCUUUAUCCUCCUCCCCACCCAGUUUCCUUUUCUUUUACACUCGCUUCCCCCAGCCAUCUGCAGUACACCAGUUUCAGGUGUUUUGAGCUGUGUAGAAUUUCUGUGUGUACAGAUGUGUGCUUGGACUUCUCUCUUUCUGAGAAACUGGAGUGAGAUGGUUACAGAAGAUCCACUUAUUACUACUCAGAACCCUUACCACUGACUCGGCCUCCAGAUACUGGGUGGCCUUUGGGUGGUCCCUGGAACCUCCACUCUUCUGCAGUGCACAGUCCCAUCUGAACGCCCUGCUGUGCCAUUCCCUGGAGGGGAACAACCAAGUGCCGUGGAGGCAGGUGAUCUCACACUCUGCCUCAACUGUCUGGUUUCCUGUAAAAUAAACACAUUACUUUAUAUUUUUAGGGAACAAAAAAAGUGCUGCUAUAGGGUUCACAAUUUUCAUUUUGAACACUUUUCCGAAACAAAUUACCCCAGAGGAGCAUUUUUGAAUAUUCUGGUCACAUCUUCGGAUCUGUAAAAUAUGCCUUUUAGUACGGCACCUGUUAAAAUGCAAAGGAAAUUUCCUCAAGGCUGAAAAACAAUCUGACAGUAGCAAUGUAGAAUUUGUUCAUUCAAACACAGCUAUGUAAAUGAAAAAAGUGAUAAAAUUCACCUCUGCGCUGCUUGUGGUUGAACCUGCAGCGACCUGUCUCUACUGGCCCAGUUGGUUCAAACAUCAUUCUUUCGCAAGCAAGGGCUGAAUGCUGCAGAGUUGGAUGAGUGGAGAUGGAGCUGCCGCCCUCCUCGCUUCCUCCCUGAUUCUUCCGGAGCUUGCAUGGGACAUGGCCCCUUUCUCUAGAGAACCAUCUUAUACUUGAAGAGUUGUUGCUAAAGAAACCCAGUAUCAUUCCAACAUUUGAAAAAGAAAGCCCUUGGGGAAAGUAGUUGACAAGAUUUGUGCCUGUCUAUGAAUAAGUUGCCAUGAUAAAUUGUUAUUUUUAACCCAUCACUGCACACUGUUUAUUUGAAUUCUUUCUUUGCACCAAAUAGGCUUUGUCUUCUAGGCACAAUUAGAAUUCAGUAUAAAUGAAUUUUUUUUUUACAUUUAUCUAUUACUUUAUUUAAAUACAUGGAUCUAAAGCUGACUUCCUUACAGUUGUGCAUAUUAGAAGGAUGGAUUUGCAAGUAGUAAAGCUUUCAGGGAAACUGAAAGAGAUUCAAGUCAGUCGAUCUUGUAUGCUGCUAACUUGUUUUGCCAAAUUUGAGGGUAAAUUAGUGACAACCAACCAGUCUCAGUGAAAUCACCUAUCCUGGCAUUGUACAUCCCCCAAAGUAUGAGCUGACUCUGUCCUCAGGAGCU